UGCGUUUAAAUGACUGAGGGAGCGUCUGUUCUGUGCCCGCGGGAGCUCGGCUCUGUACAGGAACAAAGACAGGAGACCUACAGGGUUUGGUGAGCGGCUGUCAGUGAGCUGUUGAUGUCCGUCCACAGCCAGAAAGCUUCGUAACUGGGAAAAGAUCGGAGGAGUUUCCUAACACUGCUCGGGGUUUUCACCGCACGAGACAGCACACCGGCGCGUGGAGAGUACAGCAGCGGAAAAGUUUCCGGUUGUUUCUGCUACACCUGGCUCGGUCCUGUGCUCCAGCUGAAGGCGAGAGGACUGUCGGUACGCACUUCCACAGCAGUAAGGUCGCUAUGGUGAACAGCAGGGUGGAGGCACCCACAGUGGCAGUGAUGGGCGGUGGCGGGGGGGUGGCAGGCAGGUCGUGUGCAGGAUGCGGCGGUCGAAUCGCAGACCGCUUCCUGCUCUUCUCCAUGGAGCGAUACUGGCACACGCGAUGCCUCAAGUGCUCCUGCUGCCACGCUCAGUUGGGCGAGUACAGCAGCACCUGCUACAGCAAGGGAGGCAUGAUCCUUUGCAAGAACGACUACAUCAGGCUGUUUGGACACAGUGGAGCCUGCAGUGCAUGUGGACAGUCUAUACCUGCCAGUGAGAUGGUGAUGCGAGCGCAAGGCAACGUUUACCACCUUAAGUGUUUUACCUGUGCCACCUGCAGGAACCGCCUGGUCCCUGGAGACCGCUUUCACUACAUCAAUGGGACGAUCUUCUGCGAACAUGACCGGCCGGGAGGAGGUCUGCUCAGUGGACAUACGACUCCACUGCAGCCUAACAGCAUGAUGUCUGACCAGAAGGUCUGCUGAGGUAGAAGAUGGAAAACCAAAUGUGUGCCUUCUCCCCCACCUUUUCUCCUCUGUCUCUUCUUCACCCUCCUCCUCCUCCUGUAAAUCCUGCCAUUGGUUGAGCGCCCUCCAUUCUGAUGGACAAUCUGGAUGUAGUCAUUACUGCUGCCGGUCCAGUGCUCUGGAUGCUGAGGAUGGUUGGAAUUUAUUUAUACAGUAGACUGUUGUCUGUUGUAAACUCUGGCAAUAUUACUGAUGAGAACUGGCAUGGCUAACGGUGGCAAAGGAAGACUGUCCUGGAAUCAUCCCAUAUGUGUAAUUCCAGCGGAAUCAUCUAUUACCUUUACCCGGCCCGCCAGUGACAGCGGGCAUUGAAUAAGGGGGGAACACUGACCGUGACACAGACUACAUAUGCAAUGUGACCAUCUUUUGGAUUGACAUGAAUAUAAAUAUGGAUCUCCUGAGUCAUGAUUUCAGCCACUAGAUGUUUUCUUCCACACCCAAGAGACAGCUGAACUAGAAAACAUCUAUAUUGAUACUUAGACUAUUUUUCUGUGUGGUUCUCUGUGAAAUAUUCAACAAACACGUUAGUCUCCAGAUUGUUUUUUACCAGUGUGUUGGGGGAAGUGAUAGUCGCCCUCUGGUGGUAGCAUUCCUACCACAGACAGAAGUAGCUUGAAUUCUCCAAUUGUACAAAACUGAUAUCUCAGGCUACAUUGCAGUAAUAAAAGACCAUACUGGUGUGUUUUUUCCUGUUUUAGCCCAUUAACUACAAGUUAUGUACGCCAUAAAUUCUCAAAUAGUGGCCAGGGUCUUUAUUCACCACAGUGACAGAGAAUGAUGCCUUUAUUAGAGACAGGCCUCUAUCUCUAAUUUCCCCAGACUUCCUCCAGCUUUACAUUUUGUCUAGAUAAAUUCAGCAUUAUGUCCAUUUUUUUACAGCACACGUUAUACACGUUUAUACAGCAAACAUCCACUCUGCCUGUUUCCCCAAACAAGCUACAGUACCACAACUGCGUUUCAUUAGUAGUUCCACAUUCCCACAUUUACUCACCCUCAGCUCUUGGUAUUACAUAACAGCAUAUAUUACAUGAAGGGCACUUUUCAUCCUCAUGGUUUUCAUAAGGACGAGCCCAUUAACUCAGACCCAUUGACAUUGAUGUGUAAUCUGAAAUGGUGAUUAAUGUGCAUUAUCUUGGUAAACAAAUAAAAUAACUUACUAAUAGCUUACGUUAUAUCAACCAUUGCACCAAAUGCACAACUGCAAUGCAUUGUAGGUGAUAUACACAUCUCUGAGGCUGUUCACACAAAUGGAACAACUUUUGAUGUCGGCAGCGGGAAUGUUGAACAACUACUGAAACGCAGCAAGCACAUGAAUAAAAUUCAACUCUUCCUCUAGACUUUUAAUGUGGAAAGUCUGGUGGCCUUCCCUUUACAGGCAGGCUUUUACCAUGAAGCAACUUCAGGGUCGAGUUGUUGGCGGUCCCUCGACCUCGAUUGGGAUUAUGGCGAAGAAAAGACAACUGUAAAUAAUGAGCUUAGAGCACAAUGAAGUGAAUGGAAACAGUAUUUGUACUGUGAACAAAGAGAAACUCACAGUGCAGAGUGGUGAGGAUACCUGCAACACUAAUGACAUUCCCUUCAGCAUGGUUUAUUACAAUUGGGAUUUAACUUUUGUAGUUUGGCUGUCGGUUCUGUCGGUUAUGGUAACAUUGUACUCAUUGGCUGAUCUCAGAACACAGCCACAUCACUAAAAAUAGUUUCAAGAAGGGCAGGAAACACGAGCAGUCAGACAAUAACCUCCAGCUUAGCUGAAACUGGAAGAGAAAAUGAAGGUGAAUGGUUACAUUUUCACCCAACCUGUAAACAUCCAUCACAGUAUACAGUGUAGUUGUGUACACAUGGCUCGCAUGUGCAGUGAAGGGUUAUUUAAGACACUAGUUUCAUCCAUAUAUAAAUCUACUUCACCACAGCUGCUCAGUAGUGGUCAACCGAUAUGGGUUUUCAUUGGCUGAUGCUGAUAUUUAGAGAGAAGGGAGACCGAUGGCUGUAUAUAUAAUACCAAUAUCAAAACAAAGAAAAGUCAUGUAUAAAUCUAUUAUUCCAUUAAUAUACUUGGUUAUCAAACUGUGCUGUCUUAGAUGGAACAAUGAUGGUGACUGGAGAUUUAGGCAAUCGCUUGGAUGUAUGAGAGUCCGGAGCUCCAAACUAACACCGCUCCACACUGAUGAGGCUGCCUGCAGAUGUGUCAGCAGACAUUUUUCGGCCUUGUGAAUGCAGACAUUGGCCGAUAAUCUCAAAAUGCCAGAUAAUCGGCCCGAACUUAUAGUUAAUGCGCUUUUACAGGAAAAUCCACCAGCACAGUCUUUUAAAGCAGAGAUGCCACUUACACUUUGAUUUAAGUCUGCCGUUAUUGGUUCUAAAUAUCUGUUUGAAGAAAUGAAAGUCUUUCUUUCUCCUUUGUAUUUCAUUGCUUUAUAUUCCCCAAAAUGCUUGUGAUUUCAAUAACUAAGCCGUUCUGGAUUUAUAAUCACUUCUACACAGUGACAGAGAUACACAAGGAUUCUUGACUGUGGUAGGAGCCCAGCUACAGCACUACAGGGCCAAGAAGAUCAGUGCUCUGCCUCCAUAAUAAUCUUUACGCUUCAUCAUGAUGCCAGUGACGUAUACUGUACAUUCUAAAUGUUUAUUGCAGUAACGGUUUCUACAGUGUAAACUGAUCUGUUCAUAUCUAAUGAACGUUCGAAGGAAGAUAUGUUCAAAGUGCACUAAUAUCCUGUUGUGUUGUGUGCUACAGUGUAUGAAUCAUGUUUUCUGUGUUGCAUUUUUUUAUAUGUGAGUUUUAUUGCUGUAUGGAACGAGAACAAGUCCUCUCAGAAGAACUAAUAAUAAUUUAGCCAUUCAGCUCACAUGUGAUGAGGGUGUGAUUGUGUCGAGGAUGAUUUGGCUAAAGCUACAGUUGAGCGUGUAGCGACGAGCUUCUUCUGACUGAGUAAGAAGUAAGAAACGCUUGCGGUUCUCAGACAAACAUGGCUGAUUACCCACAGGAAUGGGAUUUCAAAGGCCUGAGCCGAGGCCAUUACAGAAGCAAUUAAAGUGGGAUGCGCUGGAGGCCUGCAUGGGCUUUAGCUGCGCUCCAGUGUUGCAGCCUAAUGAGGCCUAAUCUGGUGAGCUGGUCUAAUUAAAAGGCAGGGAGCUUUUUCCUGUGGGCACCAGGCAGCCAGCAGUUUGUGCUCUCCGUAGCUGUCUGAGGGGAAAAAGCAAAGUCAGAAUAUGCAGCAUUGUUUUCAACCAUAAAAAGUUUCAUAUUCCUCUAUUCUCUGUCCGUUCAAAUUAAAACAUUUAACUUGACAUUUUUAACAUGUUUGCUGGUCUCUAAUCUUUCCAACGUCUCCGCUCUGGUUUGUCAUGAUUGCUUUUUGGCACGAAAUGCGCCUUUUUUAAAUGAGCCGUUUUUAUAUGUACAUUUGGCGUGGAAACUACAAGAUCAUCUCUUCCAUGCUAAUUUUAGGAUCACUCCUUUCCCAUAUUGUUUGUGUGGCUUUCUGCAGAGCCGAAUUAAAGGCUGAGCCGAGGCACGCAGGACGGGCCGAGGCGUACAUGAGUAGCCAGCUGUGACUCUUCAAAUUAACAGGCCCGGAGAACUCGGCGGCUCCUCUCGCAGGGUUAGUCCAAUUAGCUUCACAUUCACAGCAACAAUGGGGCUCUUUAAUGGUAGUGUUUCAAAGUGCUCUUUCAUAAUGAUGAAGGGUGAACGCAUUCCUCUGGUUUUUCAGUCAGGACUCCAAUCCUGAGUCACACCAAUUUUCCUCUGUGUCAACUUUAAUGCUUUUGUUUUGUCUCGGUUGUUGCUUCAGAUCACUAUGAGGAGAUUGUAGAGUAAAUAAUGACAACACAGUCAGCUUAGUGUUCAGCUCAAGUAAAGGGUCGAUUCACUCAAAUCUCACCAGUGGUAUGUAGCUAUACAGUUUUCUUUUAAUUAUAAUAAAUAAUAAUUGAAGGGUUUUUUUGUCAGAGGUUUUAUCUAUACCUAUUUCUACUAAAGAAAUAGUUGCUUUAAAAGACCCUAUCUACAGCCAGUGUUUUGUUUUAUUGUUCUAAGGUAACAAAAACAUGGCUGACUCCACCAGUAGAGAACUGUAUUCUCACUGGAACACAUUGCCCAUGAUUUGUAAUGAUUUUCAUAAAACUAAACAAAUUAAAAACUAUAUUCGCAAUUUUUACAUUCAAUUUCCUUGUUAAAAUGCAUCACAAUGUCUGCCAUGAAAAAAAGUUUUGUACUAGCUGUAAUUGGUCUUCUAGACUUCAUGGCUACAGCCCUGCUGUGCAAUACUUUGGUUUAUGAUAAAAUACCAGCAGAACUAAUGACAUACCAUAUCUUUUUAUAUCUAAAUUAAAGAUUCAUAAGCAGAUAAAAACAAGAUCGACAGUAUCAGUAAUGUCACUGAAAGAGAAAUCACUAACAGAACUUACUCAGGUCAUACAGCACUUCUUGGUUGCACAGACAAAAAGUAUAUUAAAAAUGGUCUAAAACUGAAAGUAAAUAUGUAAAGACCACCAAAGAAAGAAAGAAAAUUCCUCAAAACUGCAAACACGUCUCCAAAAUUCAUCACAUUCAGACAUUUCAAUAUAUACGCAAAAAGGACAUGCUGUAGGACAUGAGUUGCAAUUAAUGGAGUAAGAUAUGCACAAAUAUAUACUGUAUUCACUGAUGGAUAGCGUUUUUAGAAGUGACGGCAUUCCCAUCAGCCUCAGCUGUACUUUGUGUUUAGUGCUAAUUUGCAUGUUAACCAAAUGUCAGCAUGCUAACACGCUAAACUAAGAUGAAGACCAUGGUAAACAAAUGCCAAACAUAACACAUCAACACCUUCAUAGUCAGCAUGUUAGCAUGGUGAUAUUUCUCUUCUGUGCCUCAUACAGCUGUUUGAUCUGUCCAUUCGUUGUGCAUUAGAGCCUGUAGCACAGCUGAAACUUCCUCAUUAAAGGUGCACUGUGUAACAUUUAGGAGGAUCAUAUAAUGUUCAUAGUAUGUUUUCAUCAGUGUAUAAUCCCCUAAUAAUAAGAAUUGUUGUGUUUUUGUUACCUCAGAAUGACGGGUUCACCAUGUUGA